GCGACUAGCAAGAAAUGGCGUUCAGAUAGACGACUCCAAGGCAAAGAGAGGGAACAACAGCUCCGCCAAGUCCUGGAACGGCUCGGGGUUGGCCUUGAAUACUUCGAGCGCAGUGCCGAGAAGGCCGGCCAUUGCCGCUGGGCUGGCAUCACUUGUGGUAUCGGCUGCGUGGUGACUCGCUUGUCUCUGAACCGUGGCUUGGAUGGUAUACGCAGUGAUCUGGAUGGGAACAUUGACGGCCUGGCUGUGCUUCCUGAGUUGACUGACUUGAGCCUCACGAGUGUGAAUCUCAGUGGCAGCCUGCAGGAUCUGCAACCCCUCAAGGAGAUACGAAACCUCGUCCUCCACGGCAGCGAGGUCACUGGUAGCCUGCAGGACCUGCAGUUCUUGAAGAAGAUACGAGAACUCAACCUCCACAGCAGCCACAUCACUGGGAACCUGCCGGAUUUGGAGCCCUUCAAGGACAUACGAGACCUCAUCCUACACAGCGGUGAGAUCACUGGUAGUCUGAAGGAUCUGCAGCACUUGAAGGAGCUGCGGCACCUGGAGCUCCACAGCAGGGAGAUCACUGGCAGCCUGCCGGAUCUGCAGUCCUUCGAGAAGAUACGACACCUCAUCCUCCACAGCAGCGAAAUCACGGGUAGCUUGCAAGACCUGCAGCCGCUGAAGGAGCUUUUUGAGGUGCAGCUCCACAGCAGCCAGAUCGCUGGCGCCCUGCAGGACCUCCAGCCCCUCGAGGGGAUACGAGACGUCAUCCUCUACAGCAGCGAGAUUAUUGGCAGCCUGCAGGAUCUACGGCCCUUUAAGGAGAUGCUAGAACUCAUCCUCCACGGCAGCAAGAUUACAGGAGCCCUGCCGGAUCUGCAGGACCUCAGGGAGAUACAAGACCUCAUCCUCCACAGCAGGGAGAUCACUGGUAGUCUGAAGGAUCUGCAGCACUUGAAGGAGCUGCAGCACCUGGAGCUCCACAGCACUCUGAUCACAGGCGGCCUGAUGGACCUUCCGCAAAGGCAGCAAAGUAUAAGUCACUGGAAUCCCUAUAGGGGUCUUCAGACACUGGUUCUCUACAGCAACGGGAUCAGUGGCAGCCUCUCAGCAUUGCGGACGAUGGAAAGUAUCAAGAAGCUGGUGCUCCGCAGCAGCUAUAUCAACGGCACCCUGGAACCCUUACGUUGGAUGUCUGACCUCGAGGUGCUGUGCCUUUACAGCGAGGAAAUCGCGGGCAGCUUAAGCCACUUGGGCAGAGUCAUGCAGCAGCUUCGGGGGCUGGACCUUGUCGGCACGAGCGUAGACAGCGCACUGAUCGCUCUCAAGGGCAACAAGGUCGUGAGGGAGGAAUGCUGA